CGCAGCGGAGUGAGCGUCCUCGCGCGAGGCGUCGCGUCACUGAUCAUUCCCAGGUAUUAUACAUCAUUUACGGAUCCGCCGUCCGCGAUAUGUGCCGUUGUCUGGACAUCCACAGCCAGUCCACCGGCGGCGUUUAACGUCGCCAGACAUACUCCGUGUUUCCCCCUCCGCAGAUGUGCGCUGCCAGAAGAAUAGAGGGCCUGUUCGGUGGAUGAAGGGAUUAAUUAUUGAUCACGAUGAACAGAAAAUCGGGGUUAAUCAUCUCCAGCAUUGCAGGCUGAGGCGUGUGGAUGAGUGUUACUGGAGGACGUGUUUAGGUGAGAUGUGAGAACAAUGAGAGAUGCAUGUUGAAUUGUGCACCUGUAAUCCACGGACAAAAGAGCAGCAGCAGCUUGUUGUUGCAGCGUGAAACAAACCAACAAACCCCGAGCUGGUUUCCCCUCCUGACAUUCUGCUGUUCAAGAUGGGACUAACCUGACCGUACGUCAACACGCUGCUGGAUGUGAGGCCACGCAUGCAGACAAUGCCCAGCUCUCAGGCGCCCGACAUGGGCACAAAUGCCACGGAUGUACCCUGGGAGCCUGGUUUCCCCGGCUCCGACCGAAACCCGAUCUGGUCCUCCACGGUCAACAGCGUGGUUAAGAUGUUGCUCAUAUCUGUCAUUGUGUGCGUGUCCUUAUUCGGGAAUGUGGUGGUUCUGCUGGUGUUCCAGAGGAAGCCUCAUCUCCUUCACGUGGCCAACCGCUUCGUCCUCAACCUCCUGUUGGCCGACCUGCUCCAGACCGUUUUAGUCAUGCCCUUUGCCAUUGCAGCCACUGUGCCGGGUGUGUGGCCCCUGGAUGCCCGACUGUGCCAGGCUCUGGUGGUGCUCAUGCACCUGUUUGCCUUUGCUGGGGUCAACACCAUUAUCGUUGUCUCCGUGGAUCGCUACCUGGCCAUCAUCCACCCGCUGUCCUAUCCCACCCGCAUGACCCCUCACUUGGGCACCAACCUGAUCAUCUGCACUUGGGUGCUCAGUUUCCUGCAGAGCACGCCUCCCCUCUUUGGCUGGGGGGCCAUUGACUUUGACCGUCAUCACAACGUGUGCUCAGUGGUGUGGUCCUCCAGCCUGUCGUACUCGGUCGUGGUGUCCACCUUCUCCUUCUGGCUGCCUGUGCUCAUCAUGCUCGGAUGCUACUGGAUGGUGUUCAGAGCAGCUCGGAGGCAAAACGCACUUGUGCACCCCAUACAGACACAAUCCUACACUCAGCCCUGGCCUCAGGACUUCCAGGGACCCAUCAGUCCACAGCUCCAAGCACAGCCUCAGCCCCAGCAGGCCAGGUCCCCCGAUGGCCCCUACACAGCCAGGGGAUACAGGCACAGACGCUUCCACUACCACUGCAAGGCAGCUCGUGUCGUUUUCGUGAUCAUGGCCUCGUAUAUCCUCAGCAUGGGGCCUUACAGCAUACUUAAUACUAUAUCUAUGAGUGCCAGAGCAGCUGUACCGCCCUGGCUCUCCUCCCUCGCCCUCGUGCUCUUCUUUUUGCAGUGCUGCCUCCACCCGUACAUUUACGGGUACAUGCACCGCAGUGUGAGGAAGGAAUUCCUCGCACUGCUCUGUGGGCUGUUGUGUAAACAAGGCCGUCCCAGCCAGAGCUCGGCCGCGGAGAGCUGCUUCACAACGACAGAGGGCCGUUUCGGCGGCCACUCCCACCUGCCCAGUCUGCCUGCUCGAGUCUUCCCCCUGCGGACGUGGGAAGAGUGCACGACGUCCUCCUCGCCCACUUUUGAGAGGAAGUCAAGGGACAGCCGUAAAGAGACGACCUCCACCAGCGUCAGCUCUGAGAGGGAGCUCACAGUCCACAGCAAACAAAGCACAUGAACCGCACGGAGGACUCAUCGGACGGACCACGUCCAUCACACAGCGUGUUCACACGUACGCUAACAUGCCUCCUUGACAACAGGGUCAUUCAUUCUGAAGUGGCUGGCAUUAGGAAUAGUGGUCUAUAGUGGAUCACCAACAUAAUGUUCAGAACUCUUCCUGAUACACAUGUACAAUAGACUGGCCGUGUGAAAGAAAUCCUCAACAAUGACUUAGUUUUAUUUUGAGAAUCAUAAUUGUUUGAAGCCAUUUUCAAAGUGUCAAAUAAGUCACAAUAUAAGCAGCUGUUAUUUUUGUAUUUUAGUGGUUGGCAUUAUGUUUUGUCUAUCCAUUGUAAUUAUUUUAAAUGUACGUGAGCUACUUUAAUAUAAACUGGGCAUUUAGAUCUAUCAACAUUUUUUAAAAGAUUCAAACUAAUGUAAAACCAUGAAAUGACAUUUAAUUUAGAUUUCACAUCUUUGCCUACAGGUCUGUCCUAAAUGUUAAAUACAGAAAGUAGUGACAAAGUUGUGUUCCAUAACGACGGGCCAUCGAUGUGUCUGAUGAAGCGUUGAUCUGCAGUAUCUGCACAGCAGCUACAUCUCCGUGUGAACCCGCCUGAGGGCACCGGGUGUGCUGCCCUUGUGUUACUAAUGAACUCAGGGUAUGCUUGUGGAUCCAUGUGUAGUCACUGUUGUGUGAACACGUGUGUGUGUGUGUGUGUGUGUGUGUGUGUGUGUGUGUACGUCCCGGUAACUGUUGUAGGUCUCAAAGCGCCUUUGGAGUAACUGAGUAGAAUCAUGAUGUGUCGUGCUCGCCUGUUACAGAAAUCACACGAGCUUCGUAGGCUCUGAGUUUUCUUUAACUUUCACCAACCGGGGUGCAAAUUCUGCAUCUUACUGCAGCGGGCCGCUGUCUAUUUGGACUCAGUAUUUGCUGCCUUUUUAAUGUCCGUAUUUGUUUGAGGAAGCUCAGUAUUUCUAUUGAGAGAAUACAGAGCAUAUAGAGCAGGGUAUGAUACAAAAAUCAAAUUGAAAAAAGUGGACUCCUUGCACCAGUCUUUUAACGUAGGCCGCGAGUUCUUAUGUAACAAAUUUAUUAUAUUCUACUGAACACAUGUAGAUUUGUAAAGAUUCCUCCUGGUGCAGGUUUUGUCAUGGGACCACCUGUGUGCUUCAAGAGGAUGAGUACUCGUGGAAGUGGUACAUGCUUUGCAUGGGAAACUUUUGGGAUGUCGGGGAGAUGAAGUGUUGCCAAAAGAUGUCAUCACAAAAUUACGUGUAUUAUUUGAAAAGUGUUAAGUCCCAAGUUUGUCAAGUUUUUGUAGCAUUUUGAGAAAGAAAAGAGAAAAAAGUAGACAAAUGAGGCAGGACGCUCUCAUUGUUUUAUUCUUGUAAGACGGAUAGCUUUAUGGCAAACUACUCACAAGUCAUCGGACCUGACGGAGCUCUGGUUUAUUAGAAAGGUCACUGUAGAAAUCCAUACAGUAUUAUAAAUGACAAUCAAACUUGUAUAAUAAGUUUGUCUUAGUGUUGCUCUGUAAAAGACAGGAGGGUACAGUACAGUAUGUAAAUAAAGUGUAUCGUCAAAUUAGAAAAAAUAAUAUUUUGUGAUUUUGCAUUAUUUAUGGUUUACCUUAUCCAACAUAAAACAUUCUGUUGUUUAAUAAAGGUGAACUUAUUGUAAUGUGUUUUCUAUUCCACUUGACAUCAGUAUUUUCUAUGAAACGCUUCCUUGAAACUAAGUUCACCACAGGUGUUCAUCAGCAUGUCAGCGUAGAAAUCUAAAUCACGUUUCAAUCCGUAGCUAAAUAAAAAGUUUUCAAAUCUGUCCAAAAAUGAAAUAAUAUUUAAUACAGUUCUUAAUUAGAUUUGUGGUACAAAGUUUUUAAAGUGAAAUUAAAAAAACAAAGUGUGCUCCUACAGCCUGCCAGAAAACUCCUCUGGAGUCACUCAAAGAAAAAGAAGAAAAAAAACAUGCGGCCUUCAUUUUUAAAUCGAUUGCAUUUAUUUUUUUAAAAAGAAAAAGAAAAAACUCUUGAUGUAGUUACAAAGCAAACAGCUUAUUAAAAUAUAAAAGAGGUGCAUCGCAAUGGUGCAUAUGUAUUUAAAAUCAGUAAAAUCAUGAACUGCGUUACGAUAACGACGUGAGAAUCUCUCCUGGGGCCAAACAAAUCCGGCAUGUCAUGAGACGGUCCUUCAUGUGCACCGAUACUUCUAUGACACCGAUGUGCUGCGGAACCAAGUGCACUCUUUCGUUCGAUGCAAACUUAAAUGUAGCCAUCAAAAACCAGAGACUGGACAUGUGUCAUAGUAAUGUCAGUGUUUUAUAUAUAAUUUCUGAACUACAUUACAGGCUGAUAUUUAAGGAUGUAUAGCCCCAUCUUCACCUUAAAAAAAAAAGAAAAA